UGUCUUCAUGGAACCAGUCAAUACUGUUGUCCAGGAUGGAUGCAGCUCUAUCCGAACGGACCAUGCACUCAGCCGAUCUGUGAGGGUGUCUGCAGCGAGGGACGAUGUAUAGCCCCGAACUCGUGCCGCUGCCCUGAUGGAGGAAUACGUCAUACAUGUUUGGGAGACACGGCCUCAACACAUCAACGUCAGGUGAAUGCUGAUGACACGAAGACAGCCUGCGAAGACCUUAGAUGUCAUCAGCAUUGCUCCGUCCACUUCGACAAAGCAUUCUGUUCGUGUCUGCGAGGUUAUCAUCUCGGGAUAGACAGGAGGCAUUGCCAAGACAUCAACGAAUGCCAUAGUCACAAUGUUCCGUGUCACCAACGGUGCGUCAAUACUCCAGGAAGCUUCCGGUGUUCCUGCUUCGAAGGCCACGUGCUGACCUCCAACGGGAGGACCUGUAGACGAGUUGAUGAUCAUUCAAUUGACGGUGCAUGCAAGGGCGGUGCUUGCGAAGAGAAAACGAGUGACGUUCAGUCCGACACACCAGGCAGUCGCCAAUCAAGCGCAUGGACAAAUUUCCGGCCAAACACAUUGGUCAACCAGCGUCACGUGAUCAAUGGAGGUCAAGGCCAGCCGCUCUUUACAGAUGAUGAGUUUCAGAAGGUUUUCGGGGACUACUUUCGUGGCUCGAGUAUGGAGAGUGAACAUGACAGAUCGCGAAUUGGUCGAAGCACAGCAACCAUGCGGCGGAACUCUCCGCAGAGUUUUGUUGGGAGAUCACAGCAUCCAAUACAGUCCGAAGUGCGAUCAAAUUCGGAGAGAAGAGUGCCUGUUGUCGAGUUUAGGAGGGGCAGCAGUGUUGUCCAAGCCAGUCUUCACACUGGCAGGCAACAGGGACAGACAUCGACAAACCAAAAGACCUAUGGGCAGACGUCCAGUGGAACACAAGGGUAUCAGUAUCCGUCUCAAUAUCCUCCACGCAACAGGCAAGGUUACCCCUCGCGCAGCUCUCAGUCCAACCCAGGAUACACCCAGAGCUCGAGACCUACUCAUCAAAGUUCAUUCAACGCCCAAGGUUCUAGAAACUACCGACAGAGACCUUCGCAGGGUUCGAGUACUCAAGGCCAGAGCUCUUCAAGCAGCCAUAGCUCACGGCUGGACCCGGGGCAGCAUCUGAGUUUCACAAAUGGUCGUGCAUCAGUCUCUGUUGGCCUGCACCACACCUUUGAUCCAACGAACCAGGGUCAAGGUGAAAGGAGCACGGGGUACCAAGGUCAGGGACAAGGUAGCACGGGGUACCAAAGUGAAAGGAACACGGGGUAUCAAGGUCAGCGGAGCACGAGAUACCAAGGUCAAAGGAGCAUGGGGUACCAAGAUCAGGGUCAGGGGAGCACGGGGUACCAAGGUCAAGGUCAAAGGAGCACGGGGUACCAAGGUCAAGGUCAGGGGAGCAGAACAUAUAAUGGAAACUCUGGGCGAGGUACCAGUGCUCUCUCCGGAGGAAGUUUUAUAAACUCUGGUAGCAGAGGUAGGGACCAGCGAGGUUCCCCAGUCAGUGGCUUCGACGGGAGACGGGCCGGAUCCCAGGGAUCUACCAACAGUGGGUACCACCAAGGUUACCACCAAGGUUCAUCUGACAUUGGUAUUGGCCGCUACGAUGAAUCAUCGGGAAAUUACAGAGGACGAGCCACUAGCAACUUUAGAGGGACAGGGAGGGAUUCCCGUGGCUCUUUCGGAUUGGGCAGUGUUAGUCAAGGUUCAGCGGGAACUACCUUCAGAGGACCAGAGCCAAAUUAUCGCGGAUCCGCAACAAGUAGUUUCGAAGGCUCCGAGAGCCCAAGAUCGAUGAACAACAUGGGAACUUUCCCAAGCAGGGACGGGAGACGUGGAUCUCUGGGACAAUAUUUUCUAAACGAUGGCAGGACAUUGGUCAAUCAGAGAACUGGUGAAGUCAGCAGUAAGACUGCCGCACGCAAUCCUUUCCCUGAUCUUUCAGACGGUAACAGGAGAGUUUUGAUUGACACGAGCAGACAGUUCUCCAGUCCACAGUCUGCUUCAGCACAGUAUCAAGCCGGUACAGGGUUGCGGGCUGGAGGUGGUAGCCCUGAGAAUCCAAGUGGGUCAUCUUUCCGAUCGGUUCCAUCCCAGGUUCAAGGUGGUACUCAAUUUCUCGGAAGCAAUGCACAGUUCCAAGGUCAAUUUCCUGGCGGAGCAAACAAGUUUCAGCCAAAUAGUAACGGACAGAUACCAUUUGCUUCUGAGGGAAAUACAUUUGUCGAUACCAGCAAGCAAUUUUCCAGUGUGGGCCAACCAGGAAUUCCUCCGGAUGGUUUCCCAUUCCAAAGCAAUCAACAGGGCAGGUUAGGGAGGCAGUACAUUCAGCUCCCUGACGGCCGUUUCGUUGAGGACACGUCAGGAAGAGCUAUUCAAAGUCAAUUUCAAGUACAAGGUCAAGGUCAAGGUCAAGGUCAAGGUCAAGGUUGUCUCGGUACAGGAAAUGUAAAUGGCGUCCAGACACAAAAUGGCGGCUGUGGAAGUGGGGCACAGAGUGGCAGUAGCGGACCAGGAGGAGCCGUGGUCGAUCUUAGUAAAGACGGAAGGCCGUAUACAGACCCCAAUGCCCAGUUAUUCCAGCCAGAAGUCGACAAGAUCCCGACAUGUGGGAAUUCAGGGCAGGCUGGAAAUGGACAGACUGGUGGAUGCGCUAAUUCGAAGGGACCUGCUAACCGAGGAGCAAACUGGAACCCAUCGUAUGAACAGUUAACAAAUUGGAAUGAUUUCGGUCAGUUCAUGGGGCAAGGGGGUGUCCAAGGAUUAAAACAAGGUCAAGGACAACAACGUGUCGGAUGUGGAGGAGCCGCUGGACAACCAAAUUGGAACGUUGACGUAGGGCGAUGGCAACAGCCAAUAGGACCGCUUCCAUACGGGCCGGUGAAUUGUAACGGAGGAGCAAAUGGGGGACGACUGCCAUGUGGAACGAAUGGAGAAGUCAGCUGUACAGGACCAGGGUACGAAACCGAUCUUCCCACUGGGGGAAAUAGUGGGGUAGGCGGUCAGCUGCCGUGUGGUGCCCGCGGAGAGACAAGUUGCACGGGGCCAAAUGGUCAACCAAUAAAUGGGCAAGUAAAUGGUCAGCUUCCUUGUGGGAGCAAUGGAGAGACGAGCUGCACCGGGCCUCAGUUCGGUUCCCAACUAUCAGGAAAUCAGUUUGGAGGGUCUCAAAUUCGAAAAUCCACCGUGGAUCAAUCAGGUACUUACCCUGGAAUCGGUCGCAGUACAGUGAUUGAAAAUCCCAAUGGCUUCCCUAUAGACAUGGGCUCAAUGAAAACUGGAGGCAACACUAAUGGAUUCCUAAUCGAUUCUGGAGAUGGAAAUGGCAAUGGAUUCCCGACUGACUCAGGAAAUGGAAAUGGCAAUGGAUUCCCUAUUGACUCUGGAAAUGGAAAUGGCAAUGGAUUCCCGACUGACUCAGGAAAUGGAAAUGGCAAUGGAUUCCCUAUUGACUCUGGAAAUGGAAAUGGCAAUGGGUUCCCUAUUGACUCUGGAAAUGGAUUUCCAAGUUCAUCUAUUGACACAGGAACAGAGGGUGAUUCUCGCUUGGGAACUUUCCCAAUUGAAAUCGACAUGACUGGAAAGUCGCUAGAUGGGGGUACCAGUUCCAAUAUCCCUGGUGAAGGUACCUUCCCGGAAGGCACAGACAGGAGGGUACCCGAAGAUCUCACAUUCCCUACAGAAAGUAGCAAUGUUAGAGGAAGUGACGUCAUCGGCGGGAAUUGGCCAAGUGGAAUACCACAUUCUAGCGGAGGCACCAGAGUCAAACCUAUGGUAAUCGACCGCAUCGUGGAGUUCAGAGCGCAAGUACCUCAAUUCGGCGGCGAGGAAGGACCACAAAGGGGCGACAUCCAAGUCGGGAAAGAUUCAUUCAACUCUAGGAACCUCGAAGGUCAGGGAGAUGGCGCACUCUCUUUCCAGUGUCCCCGUGGGAAGGUCCCCCGCCUGACCAAGCAUGGCAUUGCCUGCAUGCUCCUGGAAGACCUUGAGGAGCCCGCCUGCAAGCCGCAGUGUGCCAACGGAGGGACGUGCCAAGAAGGGAAGUGUGUGUGUCCGCCAGGGAUUACUGGCCCAACUUGCAAUUACGAUAUUGACGAAUGCACCAUCCUGUCAACCACUGCCCAGCGCUGCCCUUUCAAGUGCGAGAACACAUUUGGUAGCUACCGGUGCGUCUGUCCGCCCGGCCAGACUCUCAACUCAGACGGCAGGUCAUGUAAAACGGUGGAGUGUUUUCCAAAAUGCAUGAACAAGGGCAAAUGCGUUGAAGGAACGUGUGAGUGUCCACGAGAAUUCAUGGGAAGGUACUGCCAGUCUGACGUCAAUGAGUGUAAGAAUGAUUCGUCUCUGUGCCAGUUCUACUGCAGGAAUACGUUUGGUGGCUAUGUCUGCCUCUGUCCGCCUGGCUCAAGAUUACAGCCGGAUAAAAGAUCAUGCACGCAAGAGACGUGUCCCCACGAGUGUCAAAAGGGUGGUGUAUGUGUAAAAGGCCGAUGUCGCUGUCCUCCAGGAUACCAUGGUCUCACAUGUCAACUUGACAUCAACGAAUGCACGCACUUUAAGCCCUGUAGCCACGAGUGCAUCAAUUCGAUCGGGAGUUUCUCCUGCCAUUGCCCUGAAGGAUUAGUUCUCAAAUACGACGCUAGGACCUGUCAGAACGCAACCCUUGCUGCAGCGGAUCUGGAUAUGAAAUAGCGACGUCAUUUCAGCAGGAAGGCGUCUGCUUUCAGGACCUGUUGGCAUUGACAAUAAAAAAGAACUUCCACGAGGGUGGUUCAGAAUUCACCAGCUAGCAGAGAUGAGAAUCGAUUUUCUGUUGGUCUUCACGUUAUCACUGGCUUUAACUACGCAGUAGUUAGACACUAAAUGAUACCUUUUCUGUAAAAAUCUUUUUUCAUUGUAUAAAUUCGGUUGAAGUACAGCAAUGCUGGUAGUCAGUCAGGAGGAUAUUUUUGUAUGAUACGCGUUCGCAUUGCCCUAUUACGCGCUGCGCUUUGUAUAGUCUUCACGAAUAUAUCACCGUUUUAAAUGUUGUGUAGAUAUUUUAAAAUGAAAUACACAUAUGAUAAAAAUAUCAU